UUCUUCCGCAGAAGAGAGUCUACUACUAACCGAAAGGACUCGCAGCUCUGAAACCCGAGCGAGCGAUAUAACACGCCUCUCCUCCCCUUCCUCUUCCUCCACCCACCUUCCCCUUCCCCCCUCCCCUGCGGACGCCAGCGAGCCCAAAAUUCCCGGCCCCCGCAAGCCCUAAUCGCCCGCCGAUCCCGCCCGUACCCCGGCCGCCGCGCCCGAUCCGCCUCCGCGCUGGCCUCCCCGCGCCCCAAACCCUAGGAAUUCCGCGCGGGGGGGUGGGCGGCGGGAUGGAGGCGCUGGUGGGGAGGGCGGUGAGGAAGGCGUUCCCGGGGUUCGGGACCUACUCCGGCGUCGUGGAGUCGUACGACGCCGACGCGGGCUACUUCCGCGUGCUCUACGAGGACGGCGACUCGGAGGAGGUCGACGCCGACGAGAUGGCCGAGAUACUCGUCGGCCCCGCGAUGCCGGAGGCGCUGCAGCGGACGCCGCCGCGGGACGCCGCGGGGAGGCGGCCGAAGAAGCGCCGCCGCGGGGACGAGGAGUCCCCGUCCCCGGCCACGGGGGACGCCGUGGUGCUGGCUGUCCCCGUGGGCGGAGGGUCGUUGGAGGAUGCGGAAGUCGAGCCCGUGACGCCGGCGGAGGCGAGCGGGGUGGCGGCUCCGGCCGCGGAGAAGAAGCGGAGGGUCAGUCCAGGGCCCGUGUCGUCGUCCAGACCGCUGCGGCGGAGCGCGCGCCAGGCGAAGGCGGCCGAGCGGGCGGCUGAGAUGGAGGCCGCGGCUGCUGUAGCGGCCGCUGCGGAGGCCGCCGAGGCCGAGGCGGCCGCUGCUUCGACGCCGCAGCAGUCUGGGAGGAAGCGUCCUCGUGGAAAUGGAAGUGGACGCUAUCGGUCUGUCUCCAGGGAUUUGGAGGAAGCCGCGGUGACGAAACCGCCGCCGAAGCCUGUGCUGCCACUGAAGCCGGACCUGCCACCGUCAUCGCAGGGUUUGGAUUUGGGCGGCCUCCCUGUCCUCGACGUCUUUCAAGUCUACUCCUGCUUAAGGUCAUUUAGCAGGCAACUGUUCCUGAGCCCGUUUCCACUGGACACAUUUGUUGCUGCGCUGCAUUGCGCGUAUGUCAAUCCUUUGAUUGACUGGGUGCAUUUUGCUCUGUUGCGAGCUCUCAAGAGCCAGCUGGAAGAUUUCGCCAAUGAAGGAGACCCGUCGGCAGUACACUGCAUUAGGAAUCUUAACUGGGAGCUGUUAGACCUAGCAACUUGGCCAAUCUAUCUUGCUGAAUACUUGCUAACCAGGGGUACAGAAUUGAGGUAUGGUAUGAAGCUUACAGACUUAAAGCUGUUGAGUACAGAGUACUAUAGGCAGCCUGCAGUGGUGAAACUCGAGCUCCUGCGUGCACUCUCUGAUGAUGUUCUGGAGAUUGGGGCUAUACGGUCAAGGAUGUCAGAGUUGGAUGGAAAUGAUGAGGGCUUCAGAAGCACUGGUUUAAGAAGAAAAAAGAGGGGCUCUUCUGCCAAGGGUGCAGCGGAUGCUUCCCAGUCUCCAGAAGGCUCUGAUGAAAUGGAUGACGGUAACAGUGAUGAAUGUUAUCUUUGUGGCAUGGAUGGUAAUUUAUUGUGCUGCGAUGGCUGUCCAGCUGCCUUUCACUCAAAAUGUGUGGGGGUGGUGGAGGAUCUAUUGCCUGAAGGUGAUUGGUAUUGUCCUGAAUGUGUAAUACAGAAGAAUGAUGGAUCAAGAAAUAUGGCAGGUCCUAUGAGAGGAGCAGAGGUUCUUGGAAUCGAUCCACAUGGCCGACUAUACUUCGGCACUUGCGGCUAUCUUUUGGUGAUUGACUCAUGUGAGGGUGACCCUCCAUGUCAUUAUUAUGGUCAGGUCGAUCUUCAUUCCGUUGUUACAGUGUUGAACACAUGUCAUCCUUCAUACAGAUCAAUUGUUAAUUCAAUAUCUUCGUUUUGCGGUACUGCAAUUGAGUCACCCAAUCCUAACGGUCGGUAUCAGAGUAGCAGGGAAUGCAGUACAUCUGAUGCUGAGACAAACUGCAGACAUUCAUCACGAUUGAAGGAAUGUAGUGAACAUGACCAAUUUAUGGUAGAACAGGACAACUCCUUUGAACAAUUGGAUUCUGGAAAAGCUUGUACCUCAAAUUCUGAUCAAUUAGAUCAAGAUUUGUCACUCAAGAGCAUCACAUUUAGAUCUGCACUUAUGUCUCGAAGUGGAAAUGCUGCUGAAGGUGAUUCAAAUCAAAUACCUCAAAAUAGAUCCUCAAGUGCUAAGAAUGAUCACUGCAGUUCCCAGGAAGACUUUGUUUAUUCACAUGCUAAUGAUUUAUCUUCAGAGAAUCAGAAAGAUUCACCACCUAAGAAAAAACAAAGUGAUUGGCAUCUCCAUUCAGAUCUUGUUAGUUACAUAAACUAUUACAGCUUUGGUCAAAUAGCAGCAUCAGCUGCUGAAGAGCUAAAACACAAGCUGUCUGAAAACAAGGAAGGGAAGAAACCUGUUCAGGAUGCACUCUCCUUCCAUCUGAGAACAAUAUGUAAAAAAUACGCUAGCAUUUUUGCGCUAACUGAUCAAAAGCUUUCUGUCGAGCUGCUUAAAGAAAAAUGCGGAUGGUGCAAUUCCUGCCAAAUCAGUGGCGGCGUCGACUGCAUUUUUAAAGUAACUGAUGUUAAAUGUAUGGAAGGCCAUAAGCCACAUACUUUUGGUGUCGGAGCAGUAAAAAAUAUGGAAAGUCAUAUCAUCCUUGCUAUCCACAGCAUUUUGUCAAUUGAAGAAAGGUUGAAUGGUUUGCUGACUGGUCCUUGGCAAAAUCCACAAUAUAGCAUUUAUUGGCGUAAGGCAGUUCUCAAGGCUUCAGAUGUAUCAUCACUUAAGCAGCCUCUUCUAAUGUUAGAGUCCAGUCUGCGACGUGUUGCCAUUUCUGUGGAAUGGCAGAAACCAGCAGACUCUGUUGAAGUGGUUGGUUCUGCAGCUCAUAUAUUAGUCCGUUCAUCUAAUAAAUCUCUAAGUCAUGGAAGUGCUAGAAAGCCUGGGAGAAAGCCAUCUGCUAAUGGUGAACUUAAAGUUGACUCUCGUGAUGUUGGUGUUUAUUGGUGGAGGGGUGGAAAAUUAUCUCGUCAAGUGUUUCAUUGGAAGAGGUUGCCUCAGUCACUGGUCCACAAAGCUGCUCGGCAAGCGGGACGAAGGAAAAUUCCCACGAUUUUAUACACCGAUGGUUCACAAUUUGCCCGGAGGUUCAAAUACAUAGCUUGGCAAGCUGCUGUGGAAAUGGCAGAAAAUGUGGCCCAGCUCAUUCUGCAGAUUAAAGAGCUUGAAUGGAAUAUAAAGUGGACUGAGAUACUGGGCACUCUCCCUUCUAGCCUCAUGACCAAGGAAACACAGAAAAUAGCAAGGCUUUUUAAGAAAGUUAUAAUUCGCAGAAAACACAUAGAAGGAACAAAUGUUGAAUAUCUACUUGAUUUUGGAAAGAGAGAGAACAUUCCUCCUGUUAUCUCUAAACAUGGAACUAAAUUUGAGGAGCCCUCUAGCGAGAGGAACAGGUACUGGUUAAAUGAAGGCCAUGUCCCUCUGAAUCUGUUGAAGGCAUAUGAAGCCAAAGCGUUCGCUCGCUUACUGAAAAAGAAAGAAACUGAUGAACUUCCUAAUAAGACUAAGAAGAUGCGUGACUCCAAACCCAAAAUUCCAAAAAAGACUGGGUUUGCUUACCUCUUUGAAAGAGCAGAAAAAAGAUCCCCCGGGCUUUGUGGUCAUUGUAACAAAGAAGUAGUUGCAAGUGAAGCUGUGAACUGCCAGUAUUGUGCAGCUCUCUUCCAUAGAAAACAUUUCAAGGUUCCUAGGGGUGCUGCAGAUGCUGUUUAUGUUUGCAACAAGUGCUUAGCUGAAAAGGUCUUAAAGGUGAAGUCUCCUCAGAAAAAGGCUGCACCAAAGAAGCCAUCUCCUAAAAAGAAGCAAAGGAAACAAAAGAAGCAAUCACGCAAGAUUGUGACUAGGAGAAAUCAGAUAGUUCUCAAAUACAAGAAAAUUGGCAAAAAGGGUAAGCGUGGUCGGCCAAGGAAGAACCCACUUGCUCCGUCAAAGAAUGAAUUGCCAAAGACAUGUGAGAGUGAACCAUCAAAUGUGCCCAAAAAUGAACCAGUAAAACGUAUAUCAAAACGAUUGUAUGACAAGUACAUGAAAGGCAACACAAAUGUAUCCGAGCAUGCUGCCAGCUGUCGCAAGAGGAAGCGGACUGCUUUGCAGUAUUCAUACUGGUCGAAUGGCCUUCGAUGGACACAAAAUCCACAUGAUGAAAGGGCAAGAAGUUUUAGGAAAGAAAGAGUACUUUUUCCAUCGAAAGAUGCUGAAAUGUCUGAAGUUGGCCCAGUAUGCUCUUUGUGUGAGAAAUGCUACAGUGAAGAGGAUAUUUAUAUUGCUUGUGAACAAUGUGAAGAUUGGUUUCAUGGGGAUAUAUACUCUGUUACCAUUGAGAAUGUGAACAAUCUCAUUGGUUUCAAGUGCCAUGGAUGCCGUCUGAGAAGUCUACCUGUCUGUCCAUAUGCACAGACUGUAACAAUUCUGAAAGGUCAGUCAGAUAAGGAUCACGGUAUCAAGUUUGUAGAGGACGAGGAGCAUAGCAUAGACAAUUUUGUAGAGGAAGAGGUCCCCAGUUGUCCAAAUGAUCUUGGUGCUCUUGGUAGUCAGAAAGAUCUUCAUGAUCAUAGCAAUCUGAAAGAGGUUGACAUUGAGAAAAGGCCCAACGGUCAUAUUACCGAGAAAGAGCUCAGUGAUAAUAAUUGUCAAGAAGAGCUGAAUGAUCCUAGCAAUCUGAAAGAGAUUGACACACAUAGCACCGAGAAAGAACUUGAUGCUAAUAAAAGUUUGAAAGAGCUAGAUGCCCAUAAUGAAUUGAAAAUGCUUGGCAGUCCUGGCUCUGAGAAAGAGCUCAACAGUCACAUCAAUUUGAAAGAUCUUGACAGCUGCAGGACUCACAAAGAGGUUAAGAAUCAUAAUUGUCUGAACGAACUAGAUGAACAUUACAAUUGGAAAGGGCUUGAUGCCCAUAAAAGUCAAGAGGAGCUUGAUGGUACUGCAAGUAGCAACUUUGCUACUGAAGAAACACAAUGUCUUAUGGAACUUGACGGUUUUAAUAGCCUGAAGCUUGACAGUCAUAACAAUUUGGAAGAGCUUAAUAAUCAUAACCAUCCAGAAGAGAGUGAUAAUAAAAACAUUUUGAAAGGGCUGGACAAUAAUAGAAGCCAAAAAGAUUCAGGUGACUUUCUAGCUGAACACUUCAACGACAUUAGGAUAUCUGGCAAAGAGGCAUUGGCCAUUACACCUGGAACUGGUUCAGUCAAGGAAUCUCUUGCUUUGCAAUCCAAGGAUGAUUCUGAGAAGACUGUUCCUGCUGAGCAUGAGAUUGGCCUUCAGGUGGUGGUGACUUUAUAGUGUACUGUGGACAGAAGUAACCUUUCACCUUCAGCAUGAGUACCCUUAGCCCCACAGCUUAUUGUUUGCUGCUCUGGUUGAAAAUUCUGUUGGCUGUCAACUCAAAUUGCUUCACAGCAGUAAUCUACAAUAAGGAAAAGGAUAUUUUAGGAUUCCCUUUGGGAAAUAUUCUGAUUGGACUAGCCAAGCAUUAGAAUAAUUGACCUCUUGAGGUUAAGCUAUAGCAUUCUCGAUAGGGCUGACAUAGGGAAUAGUUAGGUACCAUUUCCUUCCCAUGCUUCACAUUACCAGUCAGAAUAUUGGAGUCAUGUUGCUCAAGAUCGUGCAAUAAUUUGGAUAUCUCCAAGCACAAGCGGCUGGUAUUUUGUUGCCCUGUUAUAUACUGAUGUUCAAGGAAGGAGAUAGCAGUCACUGCCACCGCCAAGCAUGAGGAGGCAUUCCCUUUCCCCAUGAUUUCUUUUGUGGACCCUUAGAUAUUGCACCAGAUCAACAAGCCAACCAGAUGAUUCAUUCUUUCAAAUUGCUUCUAACAGUCCGUCGCAAUUGUUAUUUGUAUGUGCUGCAAGGGGAUUCAUCUCGACAGGGUUAAUUAGAUUUUGUAUAGGUUUGCAUUAGCCUUUUCAGUUACAGGGUUAACUCUAGCAUGGCAUCGGUUUGUACAAUGCUGUUUUGCUCAUCUUGUCACAUUCUGCUUCGGUGACGACGUUAUAGAAGCUAACAAUACUGGUAGAUGUAUAUCCAACUGUUAGAUUAUGAUCGAUUCUUUUUUUAUAUUGCG